AGUUAUCUUCAUACCGAAGAGAGAUCUCGACGCCAUGGAAGACCUCGACAGCUUCUCGUCCAGGAAGACCUCGCCGGAAUUUCAGAAGUUGGUGCCCAAGAACGGAGUGAGCGGGUUGUAGAAUUUCCAUCUCCAGGAGAACUCAGCAGCGUCGAAGAAGACGAUGAUGGUUUCAAGACCCCGACCCCGACAACAACUUCGUCAGGCCGGGAAGCAGAAGUCCCGGCGGCAGCUCAGUGCCCGCCGGCGCCGAGGAAGCCCCGAGCGGUCCGGUCAGCGAAGAGGAAAGACCGCAGUGCAGGAGUUGCCUUGCUUGACCUGACGGACGAGAUCGAUUCCCUGUUCCCGCCGGCGAUCCGGAGACACUUAUACAGUAAGAUCAAGAAAGUGAAGUUGGAAAGCAACGCGACGGCAUUGUGUUGAAAAUUUGACUUUGUAAAAUUAGUCUUUCGAUGUGGAACUGAUUAUUCUGCUGAUGUUUUUAACGAGAGAUCCUUCGUAAGCUGUUGUCGUUGCGCUGUUCUGUCUCAACGAGAAUGGAAACUUUCUCCUCGGACUUCAUUUC